UUAGGGGAAUAUCGUCCAAUUGGUGUAAUUUUUAAGGUAUGUAACUAAAUGUCUCGUAUCAUGGAAGGGUAUCUGGACCUGGCCCUAGCCGUACCAAUACGACCCUGGAUGCUUAGCUUGAGGCAACACACCACUGCCGAUCAGAGCCCUUGAUAUGGCAACUAGAUUUAAAUCAACAAUGCAUCCGGAGCCCUACCAGUGGGGUGUCAGGGGUCAUAAGUCCCGUCUUGGUCCUCACGAUCCUACAUUGCAGUGUGAUCCAUCAGGCAUUUAUCCGGCAAAAACAUGAACAUCGGCUUUAAUAACCCCGUAGAUGUAUGUGCGGACCUUGCAGCUUGGAAAGUCCAGAUUGGCGCUCUUCAACUUGUCCUCGUAUCGACCAAGAUCCAUCCAAUUUAUUAUGGGGUGUGUUUCAGAUAUCAAAAGGGUAUUUAUUCUAUUAAUUUCGCCAUGAUCAACGCUGGGUUUUUGACGCCAACGAGUUUACUUCGCUCGCCUUGACUCAUACGCACGUUUGUUCAUCGUCACCAUGCAGUUGACUAAAUCGAGUUUGUUGCUCUUUGCCGCCGCGACUUGCACCGAAGCAGUCCGGACAAUCAUCCCCACGACGAGCUUCAAUUCUCAGGCGGACUUUGACGCUGAUUGGGAUUAUAACUACCCGUGGGGAACUGACCACAAUGGUGGUGCCCGCAUGAACGAGAGCCAGGUCCAGUUUUCCGAUGGACUGUUGACCUUGACAGCCAAGAAGGUCUCUGGUCAGCCACCCGCUACCUCGGGUGGACAGACGAUUGCAAUCAACUAUCUAUCGGGUACGAUCUAUGCCAAGGAACACUUCACUGUCGCGCAGGGUGGAGGAUACGACUUCAGCGGCGAAUUUAAGGCGACGACGACCAAGGGGACCUGGCCGGCCUUCUGGUUGACCGCGGUCGAUAGCUGGCCGCCAGAGAUCGACAUGGCUGAGUGGAAGGGAUCCGGCAAGAUCUCUUUCAACACAUUCAACACAUCGUCGGUUCUCUCUUGGGAUGACGUGACGUAUCCGGACCCAGACGAAUUCCACACCAUCAAGUGUGAAGUCCGCGAUAUCAACCAAAAGGACGUCUCGGCGAAGUUCUACAUGGAUGGCUCACUCGUCACAACGCAAGUAGGGGGUGGUUUCUUCGGGAAGGCAAUGUACCUAAUCAUUGACCUCCAGAUGGAGGGUUCAUCCGGCUCGCCAGGUCCUACUACCGACACUUUAUACCAGGUGCGGAACCUCGAGGUUCUAAGCUACAACCCUUAAUUCAACGCCAAGGAGUUGAGCAAGGGCAAAAGGUCCUCAUCUACCUAACGGCAGUUAGCCUGUUCUGAAAGUGGUUUGGGCUUAACUUAUAUUCUUGUAAAUACAAUUUAGUGCCAGAUUUUGGAUCGGAUGAUUUAAAUUCCAGUACGUUAUAUGAAAAACAGGAAUCCAACCAAGGAGAACCAUAUACGUCAUCAUUAUGAUGACAAUCAUGUGAUUUGUCACUACAAUGGUCUAUUCGUAAACCAUGAACGUAGCAGAUGUCUUUUCCGUUGCUAACCUU